GGUGUUGACGAUGGUUGAAGCUGUAGCAGGCUAGCAAGAGCAGCAGAGCAAGUUCAGCAACACUACCUUAGUGUAGCGCGACCAGCAAACACCAGUCAGUCCAGUGUUGUGCUCGUCGGCCGUCAGCGAUGUUGCAGUUGCCAGUCGUAGACUUUUCAAAACGAACUUGGUAGAGAGUGCGGAUGAAGGACACGAGGAGGAGGAGUAGUUUUGUGGAGUGUGUAGAAUAGUGCGUUAUAAGUUUUCCGUCCCAUCGGCUGCGUUCCAGUGCUCGUAAAAAAGAAACUGUGAAUUGUGUUUCAUUGUCAUUCCUUAGGCGCCUAUGGAUGGUGUUGGAUUGUAAAGCUCUGUGAUCUUCGAACGUACGCGUGUGAUUGAGGCGAGGACCGCUGUCACACGCCGGCAGAUGACUUGACUGCGGCUCCAACUACAAGAUUCGACGAAUCGGCGAGACUUGAGACGUGGAAUCCUCGGAGUUAGUUCAUCUGCAUCUUGUGAUAAAAGAGUGAUGCUUACAUGUACCUGAGGAGCUGAGCUGAGCUGAUGACGUGUCCCCUUCAUUCACGCGUUUUGGCUGUGAUGCUCCUGCAGAAAUGGUGAGGCUGGGAAUAGCAACAGGCUCUCGGGGACCCAGUGGGGAGAACACUGGUCACCGGGGUGUAGUUUCUGCAGACCAACACCUUUAUCCUUAUCCAGUAAUAAGAACCGAGGGUGAAACCCACCAGUCACAGCAAAUUAUCUUGAAUCCAUCUCAAAGUUCUCCGCUGCAGCUUCGAAUAGAUAAUCAGUAUGAAAACAUUUUGCCACCUGACACAAGGAUAUCACCACUUCGUUCUCGAAAUGAAGUUUCACUCUCAUCUACAUCAGUGUCUCCUGUUGCUUCUAGCAGCAGCAGCAACAUUGUUAACAUGACAAACAAAUCUCAUCUAUCUGGAUGGCCAAGAGCAGUCCGUGAUUCUGGUGAAAGUGUAAUUCGAUCUCAGAAACGUACUUACAGAGAAACUGAAGACACACCUGAAGGACAUGAAACUUAUACAAAAGACGUCAAAUGGUGCCCCAUGUGCCGAUCUCCAGUUCACCCUGGUGUAGUACAUCAUUGUCCUGCAACUGUGCAACAUGGGAUCAACUUUUAUGGCCUAGGUGGCCUAAAAGAAAAAGGUUAUGUUCCAGAUCACCAUGGAAGCUCCCACACAUCCUCUUUUUCUGAUAAUAUUCACCAUAGCAUGUCUGCAGUAGAAGAAGGGUUGAAUUUUAGCAACCGAGUCCCUGGGUUGCGAGUGCCAGUAGUAUCAGUCAGUCCUCAUUCCAUCAGUCCUGGCACUUCAAAUUCACAAACCAUUCCUCAAGAAGACCAUAGUCCCAGUACAUGUAAUCCUUCAGUUUUAAAAGCAUGCGCUGCUCCACCCACAGAGCGCAUAGAUCCCCCAAGGUCACCACGAGGCAUUAGCCCAACUCAGCCAUCCACCUCUUAUGAUCGUUCUUCUUCCAUGGAGAGGCCAGGCCACAGUUCUCCUGUGUGGUCUGAAGGAAACUAUGUCCCCACCUCUUCAGCGACUUCAGAUAACUGGGAAACUCCAACCAGUCUUAUUUCACGACUCAGUGCAAGAUUAACAGCAGGGACAAAUCAGGAAGACAAGGGAUACAGAAACUGCCCAUCACCUUCAAUGAGUGAAACUAGUAGCGUUAGUAUGUCCAGCAGUUACAUCAGCCAUCAAGAAUCAGCCCAGCCUUAUGACCCUUUUAAUAUGGCCCACCAAGAACUUGUAGAAGAGUAUUCAAAGACCAAUGGUCCCCCUGAUGUCUGCAGACAAAGUACAAAACCUCACAUGACAGAAAAAUCAAAAGCAAGACCAAAUCAGAAACGAGGAAGGCGGUACACAAGUAGUGAAAGCACAUCUUCCGACAUCAAUGUAGGAGACUUGAGUCUUCAAGGAUCACAGGACUCCGAUUUAGAAGAAGAAGACUGUUCUAGUGGUUACUUAGAUGAAAAUGGGAAAUUGCCAGACCUUGACACCCUCCUCAAAUAUAUAAGGGACCCUGACCUUUCUCCCUAUUCUCUAGAUAAAUCAUCUAUUGAGAAGUUUUUAGAGCCACAUGAAAUUGGGCACAUUAAUCAUCUCAUUAAAAGUGUGUCCGAUGCCAUGUUAACUAUAUCUCUUCCUGAGACUUUAUAUAAAAGUAAAGGAUUUACACCUUUAGACUACAUGGAUAUUCAUUUGAAUUGUGUCUUACGUCAUUUUUUCUUUGUUUUUAAGAAUGAAGAUUUUUUGAAUUUAGUCAUGCAUGACCAGAUUGCUUUACUGGAUGGAUGUACACUGCGUGCCAUACAGUGCACUAGUUUAUAUUUAUUCAAUAAAGAUGCUGGAUGUUGGCACAUUCCAGGAGGAACUAAUAAAGCCAACCAUCCUGUAAUACAUGUUUCAGACUUAAUGCAAGUAUUCCCACAAUCCUUUGUUACUAGAACCUAUGAAUUACACUGCAUUGCUGCAAAAUUAGGAUUUGACUGGCCAAUGGGUGUCAUAGCAAGUUGUAUCCUGAUGUAUACACCAUUAAAGAGGGUAAUUCAAGAAAUGGAAAAAAUUGAUGUUCUUAGAAAUAAGUAUGUAAAUCUACUGCUGAAAUACAUUACAUGGAAGCAUGGGACAUAUAAUGCCUCAUUGUUAUUCCCAGAAAUAUUGAAACUUUUGGAUGCAUUGUUGCUUCACGUUGAGGACUUGGCUUCAAUUACAUUAAAAUUAAAUGAAGAAGAAGUUAUUGCUGUAGAGGAGAGAUUAGCAACUCUUACUAUUUCUCAGAUGGCUCCUUAUGGAGGUCAGUCAAGCAAAUUCAAGGAAAAAGUUGCAUCAUGGUCCACCUUGGACUGUGUAAAACUUGGAGAUAUACAAAAACGACUUUGUAUGGCCAUGCACAUGAGCAUGAUGGAAUCUGCUGCUCCACAUUACUCGAGCAACUCUAUGUUUUAUGGAUCAGGAGUGUCCCAGGAUGAACAGAUAAUUACCCAGUGUAGAACAGUGCCCCAGUUGAUGCCUCCAUCAGGAAUGGAAUGCUCUGAUGAUAGGACUUUAGAACGAAGUGCUUACUUUGGUUCAAAAAUGUUGCAUCAAAAUAGAGAGAUGAGAGGUAUUAGUGCUCUGGCUCAUAAAGAUUUAAUGCUGCUUAGAAAAUUUUUGGAAGAAGUGACAAACAGAGAAGGUACUUUGGUAGUGCAAAAUAUCAAAGAAAAAAUGGAUUCUAACCAAAUAAAGAAAAUCAUUAAUAAACUUUGUUCUUAACACACUGCCAUAGUUUUUAUUACUUUUAUGUUGAUAUAGUGUACAGUACCUGUAUUUUUUAAAAUCUGCUCAAAUUUAUCUAAAAUGUACAUAAUAAUAUUGUACCUGCCCAUAACCUAGUGAAAUGUGCAGUAUAGAAAAUUUUACUGAACAUAUAAAAUUAUAAAAAAAAUAUGGUAUUUAUUGUUGAAAAAACUAGAGAAUAUAAAGUGCCUAAAAGUUUCUUUUCUAUGUACUGUGAUUUUUCAUGGAAUUGCUCAUGUUAGCCUCAUGUGUAUUUUCCACUUGUAGUGUUUCGAAAAGUAAAAUGUACCUACUGAAAGUUAUGGUACACUUAUGGGCUUUCUAAAUGUGUCUUGUCCAUGAAAUGGCGCCCCCCCCUUUAUGGGACAACCUUUAAAGAGUAUAGCACAAUCCCUGUCAAAUAAAUUUUCAUUAUGAUCAUGACCUAUAUGUAUGUACACAGUUUUUGUUUUCAAAAAUUUAGAAAGGUAACUAUAAUGUAGUUAUUUUAUGGUUUAACUGUAAUCAGGUAAGUGUAAAUUUGUUAUAAGCUGUUUGGUUAAACCUUGGAAAUGUUUACUGA